AUGCCAUCACGCACAAAUCGUGAGCUCCAACACACUGGCCUGCCACUUAGCCACGGGUGGAUUCAAAUGGAGACCACACUUUUGUUCCUUCUUGCGCUCGUCAGCAUGCCUUUAGUUGCCAUUCCAAAGGAAUUGGUUGGUGAAGUGAAACUGAGUUUCUUCUUUGAAAGUGAAGAUGGAAGACUGCCGCAAGGACAGACAUGCGACCCCUGGCCUUACACUAGUUGUGAUAUCUACCUGACCAUUUGUGUCACAAGCCAGGGUGAUGGAUCCUGCAACAUAUACUUCCAUCGGACCGGUUUGUGGAUGGACGCAAACGUUGGACAGGCAGCGGUUGCAUUUCCCCUACGAGCGCCUGUUUCUAGGCAGUUCGGCUCAAAUAAUUGCUCUGACAGUCUGCGGUUUGAUUGUAGACUUGAGAGCUACGGGCACAUCAUUUGUGCGCGUUUCCACUAUGGUGGCGAUUGCAGUCGGAAGUGUAUACCCGACCCGGAGCGCUACGCUUGUGAUGUGAACGGCUACAAAAAGUGCAGACGAGGUGUCGAAUGCGACCAACGCGACUACUGCCUGAAUCACACUUGUGCUGAAUUUGCCGAGUGCAAAACUACCCUCUCCGGCUUUGAGUGCUGGUGUUUUCAAGCAAAAGGACCGGAAUGUCAUUUUGGCUACGACCCCUGCGCUGCGGAGCUUAAAACUUGCUCAGGUCAUGGGUCCUGUACUCCAGGACCCGGUCGCUACAACCUCUCUUUCAAAUGCAAGUGUGAUGUCCACUGGGAGGGUCAGCGAUGUAAUCAACGCCGGCCCUCCUGUUUGGUUGCUUUGGAGACUAACCGGACACUUUGUCAGAACGGAGGCAAGUGCAGAGACUUAGCGGGUAAUGUCGGCGCCUACAUCUGUGUCUGUCCUCCUGGCUGGUGGGGCAAGCAUUGCGAGAAAAGGACUGCAGUUGUCUACGAAUUGGCCCUGUUGAUUACAGUCAUAGUGGGCAUUUGUCUUGUUACUUUGACUCUCGUUGGAUUCGUGUUUGAUGUUUGUUGUAAAAAUUGGCAACUUACACCACCGCAAACCGUCCUUCGCCUACAUGAGCAGCGCCCAGCUGUCGAAACAACGGUUGAACUGCCCGAAAAAUGGUCUGCCGUCUGUGUAGUGUUUAUGGUCACGGCCAAUCAACUAUCAGGCGUCGCCGCCGCCUCCGCCGCAGCUGGACGGCGCAGCGCCUAUUCCGAGCUCUCUGACGCAGUAUGCGCGUGGAUUCAACCUGCGACUUUACUAAUAGAGGUGAGAAGACUGCGUGGGGUGGGGCAACUGCACCAACAAAAUCACACCCGCUACCCUGCGCACGGCCUUUUGGAUCCCCAAAAGCGAUCCAAUUUUCGCGAAGCCUUCUACAGUCCCCCUGCUGCAUUGUUUGUGGAAGAUGAAUAA